AUGGCGUUGAACGCGUCGUCCAAAUUGCUCCGUGUGGUGUCCCCCUUGCGGACUGUCACCGCCGCCUACCACCCCAACGUGAUCGACCACUACGAGAACCCCCGCAAUGUCGGCUCCCUCGACAAGAACGACGUCACCGUGGGCACGGGACUCGUGGGGGCCCCGGCCUGCGGCGACGUGAUGAAGCUCCAAAUCAAGGUGGACGAGAACGGCAAGAUCAUCGACGCCAAAUUCAAGACGUUCGGUUGCGGCUCGGCCAUCGCCAGCAGCUCCCUGGCCACCGAGUGGGUCAAGGGAAAGACGGUCGACCAAGCCCUCGAGCUCAAGAACACCGACAUCGCCAAGGAGCUGUCGCUGCCCCCGGUCAAGCUGCACUGCUCCAUGUUGGCCGAAGACGCAAUCAAAGCCGCCUUGUCGGACUACAGGAUCAAGCAAAAGAAGAAGGAGAAUUAGGUUAAGGAACGAAGGUUGUGAUAUGUAAAUUCGUAAAGUUGUAGUCUGAUUACGUGAAAUUUAAUGUUUGUAGAAAUAAAAAAUGUCGGAAA